AAAUAUUUAAUAAAUCAUCUCAUGGUCCUUGAGCCUCCUAGCUUUUCCCUCCAAACAAUAUGAUUUAGUCCUACACUCAAAUGUUGUCCUUUGAAGUGUGCUAUUUGAAAAAAAAAAAAUCACGAUUUCCAAAUUGUGUGAUUUCAAAAUGAAUGUCAACAUGAAAAGUUCGCUAAAGCUCACCGGUAAGGCUCACACGUGCCAACUACUCAUGUGGCACGCCCAUGCCAGCGACCAGUGGUUGUCAUGUUUACAAUAAGUACCACCUAAAUUCAUUUACACUUGUUUGUCGACCCAAAAUAAAAUAAAAACAGACGGUAUGAUUCCUAAAAAGCAACAUUAUUCUAAGCCUCUGCAACCUUAUGCGCAGUUUGAACAGAGACACUGUGCUUCAAAUCUUGAAAAAAAAUACAAAGUGACUCCAUUAAAAUUGUAUUUGCAUAUACAAAGUUAAACAAAAAUGUACCUCAACAAUAUGAUUAAAGAUGAAAUGUAAAUGUAUUGCACUAAGAAUUAAAAAGGGAGCUGCUCUUGGGCAGUGAUUGUUUUCAUGUACGCUAAAAGGACCCCAUGGACAACUAGUGGUGCUCGUCCCAGACUUUGAGGACCACUGUUGUUGACUGCAUGGAUAGUCCUGUAUCGUCCACCUUUAGCCUGGAGCCAGACGGCAGAGGCUCCACCUGCUGUGAGGAUCAGAGGCGUAGACAAUGGAUGGAUGCACCAUCAAACAAUUGUUUUUUUCCCCCCACCAAAAUUUGCGUCUUGAUUUCAGGAAAUAAUUGGUGAAUUCAUGAUAGUUUAAUGAAUUUAUAAAAAAUGUGAAAUCAAGAGGAUCUUAGUUACUACAGUAUAUGAACGCAUUUUACAUCUACGUUUUUAACUGUUUAUCUUCACCUCAUCUUCGAGUGAGCUGACCCAUUUGUGGGUUUUCAAAAUCGAGCACAUUUUGCCUAUCGUGCACUCGAUUUUGAGACUAAGCACAAGCCGUUCCUCUUCUGUCCAUUUUCUUGAUUGAAGCGCUGCUGGAUUCAUUCGUGAGCUUUGUGCAGGCUCGUCGGGAGGAGCUGUUGUUGUUGUUGUUGUUGUUUUUGUUGUUUUUGUUGUUGUUAUCCGUUGUGCAACAGCUGUAUUGUUCCUUGAAUAAUUGGGAGCGCUGCGUUUCAUUUUUUUUCUCCUUGGUCAGCAAGUAAGCUACUAGUUUUGUCGCCAAGAUCAAUGACUUUGCUAAGAUAAGCGGAAAGGGAGAGCGAGGGAGCAAGCAAGCAAGCGGAGACGACAAGAAGGCGAGAGAGAAAGAGAAAGAGAGAGCGAGAGAGAGAGCGAUAGAGAGAGACAGGCCACUUGGCGUGAGGACGCCAUGCAUGGCGAGUCGACUGAAGGUAUGCAAAACACCUCUGGUUCCUUAUCCGGGUACCUCUAGGUCGGCUGCGAUUGGCCGGCCGCGUCACGUGGUAAAAGUAACUUUACAGCGCUGCUCGCAAGUAGGAGGGCUUUAUGGAGCAGAAAAACGACAAAGCUAGAAAAUUUAUUUUGCACUCCAGAAAUUAAUGACCAUGAGCUCGUAUUUGAUGGAGUCCAACUACAUUGAUCCGAAAUUUCCUCCAUGUGAGGAAUAUUCGCAAAACAACUACAUCCCUGAGCACAGUCCCGAAUAUUACGGCCGCGCCAGGGAUCCAGGAUACCAGCCGCAGCAGCAGCAUCACCACCACCAGCAGCAGCAGCAGCAGCAGGACUUGUAUGCUGCACAGCGGGCCAACUACCAAGAACGCCAGUACAUUUGUGCAAGCAUCCCCGAGCCCGACACGCCGAGGGGACACGCGGGAAUAGCCCACUCGGCGCACCUACUCGCGGGCAAGGGCCAGCCCGCCUCGUGCGAGACCCCCCAGUUGUCCAUGUCCCCCGCCACCCCGCCGGCCGCAGCCUCCGCCUGCAACCAAGCCCUCCCGGAGCAUCCCAACAGCGCCGCCACCUCGUCCAAGCAGCCCGUGGUCUACCCGUGGAUGAAGAAGAUUCACGUCAGCACCGUGAACUCGGGCUACAACGGGACGGAGCCCAAGCGGUCUCGGACAGCAUACACCCGCCAGCAGGUCUUGGAACUGGAGAAGGAGUUCCACUAUAACCGCUAUUUGACUCGGAGGAGGCGCAUCGAGAUCGCCCACACGCUGGUCCUGUCCGAGCGGCAGAUCAAAAUCUGGUUUCAGAACCGCAGGAUGAAAUGGAAAAAGGACCACCGGCUGCCCAACACCAAAGUGCGCUCGUCGUCGUCCUCGUCGUCGUCGGCGUCGUCGUCGUUGUCGUCGUCGUCCGGCUCCGGCAUCGCCUCGGCAGCCGGCGCGGUGGCCCCUUGCUCCGCCAGCAGCGCUGCGGCGGCCUCCGACGAACUGAGCGCAGCGCAGCAGCAUGGCGACGACAUGACCAGGUUAUAAAACCACACAUGGACGACGCAGGCGGAAAACGAAAACACAAUAGAACUGCUUAUUUAUAGAAUGAUGAGAUAUUCUGGUUUUAUUUGAUCUAUUUAUUUUGUUUUGUCGUAGCCAUCGUGUGCGGUUUCCUCCAAGUCCGACGUUAUAUAAAAUGCAUGUUAUAUAGCAUGGAGUACUGCGAAUAGCGAUGCAUUCUUUUGUACGUGAAACAGGGUUUAAUUUAUUUGAAACUCGUUUGAAAUUGUUUUUAUUCUCUUUUGAAUGAAGGAAAAAAAAUGCAGAUGAUACAUUUAAUCCAAAUAUUCUUGUGGGCCAUUCUUUUGCCCAAGUGAAAUGCACAAUCUAUUUAUUUCAAACACUGGAAGGACAUCAAAAUCGUUAUUUUUGGUAUUGGGGGGGAAAAAAGAACAAGCUGAAACACACCACUGAUCUCGAACUUGUAUGUUUAGGAUACAAAUGUGACAAUUACCUCGUGUAUUUCAGAAAGAGAAUUUUUUUGAUUUACAGUUUGGUUUCGUGGUGUUGGUGUUGUGUUUAGGACCUUUUAAAACGGACUAUUGUGAAAUGCAAUAAACGGAGUGUAUUUGUGCAAAUCAUAUUGCUCAAUAAAACAGUGAGUGUCAUCUAUA